GGUCCCAUUUUUAGAGUCUUUGGUAUGACUUGAUUGUGGAUUUGAACUCACAACCUUCCAGCCUCAGGGUAGACACGCCAGUUGUUCCUGCUGUGUUUUUUUUUUUUGAAAUUUGGGGAUUUAAGCUAGUGUUGACGCAACAUCCUAAAAACAAAGUGCAUUUGGUUCACAGACCUGCUGCCGCUUGAUCUGCUAUCCAGAGCUCUGGCAAGUCCAGGACAAUCCCUGCCUACACAGGUAAAGCACAGGAAAGGUGGGAAAUAGAUUGGGGAGCCAUGGAUAGAUAAUGGAAGCCAUGUCCUUCCAGCUGCAGAUGGUUCAGUCCAGAGGAUCCAGAGGGUUCAGGCUGACUGGCACCAUGGCCACAGCCACGAGUUUCCCCGCUUCACAGAUUUUCACCAACUGUAACUAUUUUCCAGCUGAGUUCUCCUUGGUUGCCACCCUGAAGAUCUUAAGAUUGAAACACAAGACAAGUGAAUACAUCUUCUCCAUGGUGAAGGAGGGCCCAGAUUUGCUGCUGCUUGGGUUACGUGUCUCUGAGAACCACCUCCAUCUGGUGAUCAUGUCUCCAGGUCUUGGUAGGCGGAGCAGAGUGACCUUUAGGGACAUCAACUUAGACGAUAACAGGUGGCACACUGUGGUUCUUGCUGUCACCGGACAGCAUGCCACGCUGACCAUCGACUGCAGGCCGCCUCUGGAGAUUAAACAGAUCCAGUCGUUUCCCAGCGCUCUCAGUACCAAAGGUUCAAGGUUCUUCAUCGGCAGCAGGGGCCAGUGGAGAGGCCGCUUCACUGGUCUGCUGCGGCAGCUGGUCCUGCUACCAGGUUCGGACGCCAGACCAAGACUGUGCCCCAACUCUGAACCCAGUCUGGCUGAGCUGUCCGUUCCACAUGUCCUGAAGUCCACACCUCUCCAGCCGGACGGCCAGGGACCGCUUUAUCCAUACGGGUGUUGUGCACCAGAAGCUGAAACUCGAGUGACAGUGGGAGACCAUCCUCCAUGUUCAAAACGAGAACAUGGCCAGCUGUGGUUCAACACCCAAAGCAAGGGUCUGUUCAUCUGUGACGGGCUGAUGUGGAAAACGCUGCUGCAGAGUAAAGAGCGUCUGGACUACGUGGAGGAUUACGAGGACCUGUACACUCGCUCCAAAACCUUAGACAUCGAGGUCUUCUCCAUCCCAUCUGAAGGCCUGUUCAUGGCGGCUGCCAAUAAAUCCCGUCUCAUUAGUGACCUUCAUUUCUCCUCCUGCAGGGACUCCAGGCUCGGAUCAGGUAUCUUUAGAUGGAAAAACGGCUCGUUCCACUUUUACCAGAACAUCAGCACUCAGGAGGCCAGAGCCUGGAAGCACUUUACCAUUGAUGACAAGACUUUCCUGGUGGUGGCAGACUUGAGGGAAGUGGAGCCUGAGCUGUCCGUCAUCUAUCGGUGGAACAAGAGGCGGCGGCGUUUCGUCCGUUAUCAGGCUCUGGAGACUCAUGGAGCUCAAGACUGGGAGGCUUUCCAGAUCCACAACAAUAGCUUCCUGGUGGUGGCCAAUCAUAGAGCCAGAGACUUCAACUACAACAUCCACAGUGUGAUCUACAGGUGGAACCCUGACACAAAGCUCUUUGAGGUGAACCAAACUCUUCAAACAACUGGAGCAUUUGAUUGGGAGUUUUUUACCGUUGGACCGUACCACUUUCUGGUGGUAGCCAAUACCUUUGAUGGUCGGACUACAACUAUCAGCUCCACUAUAUACGUCUGGUUGGAUGGCCACUUCAAGAGCUUCCAAAACAUCACGACAGUCGGAGCCACAGACUGGGAGGCGUUCCAGAUUGACGGCAGGUUCUUCCUCGUGGUCGCCAACAGCCACAAGUUUGCAGACACGGGCCAGAGUUUGUACAGUCUCAACUCCACAGUGUACGAGCUCAACUCACUGACCCAGACCUUUAUCCGCUUCCAGGAGAUCCUCACUCACAGUGCUCUGGACUGGGAGUUCUUCAUCAUUGGAGACGAGAAGUUCUUGGUUGUUGCAAACUCUCAUGACGGCAGCUCCUACUCUCUGAACAGCAUUAUCUACAGGUGGCAGGGUUACGAGGGCUUUGUCCCUGUCCACAGUCUCCCCACGUUCGGCUGCAGAGACUGGGAGCACUUCCGCACAGAUGAAGGCUCCUUCCUCAUCUACUCCAGCGCCACGUCCCGCCUGAGCAAGGUGUUCCGACUCCGGACAUACUGACCCCAUCCUCAACCUGACUUUUUUUCGUGGCCUUCUGGAUCUACAGUUCUCUUCUCUCCAUGCAAAAAUGCAUGCAGAGCCCUCCACGAGGACUUUUUUUUAACAGAAACUUUAUUUCAACAAUUUGCACUUUGCUAACGACUCCUGUGAAGGAGUAGAGAAACUCAUUUGACUUAGAUGAACCAGGUAGUUAACCAUAACAGCAACCAGCUGGUGAAAAUGCACCAAAGAUCCUUGUCACCUGUUGCCAUUUUCAGCACAUUUUCUCUGAUUUCUACAGCAACAGGAGUUGAUGAAAAAAAAGUAAAAAAAUAUUUAGUCAGUCAUCAGCUGGGCAAGUUCUCCCACUUAAAAAGAUAAUAGGCCUGUAAUUUUCAUCACAGGUAUGCCUUAACUAUGAGAGACAAAAUGAGAAAAAACGUUCAGAAAAUCACAUAGUUUGAUUUUUAAAGAAUUUAUUGGUAAAUUAUGGGGGAAAAGAAGUAUUUGGUCAAUAACAAAAGCUCAACUUAAUACUUUGUUUUAUACUCCAUGUUGGCAAUGACGGCAGUAAAACGACUUCUGUUAGUCUUCACAAACUGUUGCUGGUCCAUUACUCCAUGCAGAUCUGCUCUAGAGCAGUGAUGCUUUGGGGCUGUCGCUCUGCAACACCGUCAUGUUGCUCCUUUAGCUGAAAUUUGCACUUUUGACUUAGACAUUGAGAUGUUAAGUCUUUCGACCUUUAACAUUCACAGGUUUCAACAGAAGAAAAAUGCUACGUUUUUUUUUAAUCUUUUUUUUUAUUCUAUUGGCUUUUGUUGAAGUUUGUCAAUGGAUGUGUCCUGUUAAGUAACAUAUCUGGAAAAUUAGUCUUUAACGAAGGUUUUGAGUGGUUUUAGGUCUUCUAACCAAAAGCCAAAACAUAGCUUGUUUUAUUUAUUUUGUAAAAUAUGUUUGUUUGUAUAAGAGGGGAUUUUCAAGAUGACCCCGUUAGUGCUUUUAUGUGCUGUGAUUUGAAUAGAAGGGGUUUUUCAAACUUUAUUUUAAUUUUUUUUUAUUUGAUACUAUGUUGUCUUUUAUAUUCUUUAAACAUUACAAAUUUCAAUAGCUUAAGUUGUUUGUAGUUUUUACUUAAAUGUAUAUUUUUUAUAAGCAUCUUGAACUAUUUAUCUACUGUGUCCUGCUGUCAAGUCAUAAAUAGAUUAUAUCGCAUAGUAAAACAUGAAACAAUUCACACUAUUCUUCCUCUAUGUGUAGAAUAUGUAAAAAGAUUUAUUUUAAAUAAGAUUUAUUUUUAGUUAGUUAGUUUUGUUUACAUGUUGUACAUCUGUAUGUUGAAAACUAAAAAACACUAAUGUGAUCGGAAAGGUGUCAUGAAAUCAGUAAAUCACCUGUUAAUGUUGUGUGUCACAUUUCUUUUUGUUUUACUGUCCUACAAAAGUUAAUAUUUGUUUUGUGACGUGUUUUAAAAAAGAUACCU